UCUCUCUUUGUCACAGCGCCAAACCAAACCCAACCCAACCCAUAUACGCCACCGUUUCAACAUCUCUGUCUCUCUCUACCUCUAUCUCUCUCUAGGGUUCCCCCAAUAUAUUUAGUUUUAUUUUAUUUUUUAUGAAAUAAUUUUGGUAUCGGCGAUCAAAUGCGUUGUCUUCAAAGGGGGUUAUGAUUAUAUGAGGUUCUUCUCAUGCUGUUGAGUGUUGAUUGUGGUGGGACUAAAGAUUCCACCCAAGAAAAUAGUGUCAAUACUAUGAUAAUGCCUGCUAAAGAAAAAAUGGGUGGCGAUUUGUUGACGACUUUGUCUAUGGAUAAUAAUCAUCUAUCGACGAUUUUGUCCAUGGAUUCGAGUUUGUCGGUACAUGAUGAGAUGGAGAGGGAGUUGAAUCGGGAUCUUGGGUUACCACCAGAUAUCAAUUUACCGCUCUCGGCUGAGCCUAGCCCUCCACCAUCUUCGUGGAAUGAUACUUGUGAUAUGUUGGAUGUGGGAUUAGGUCCUCAACAUUAUGAGGUGGAAACGAGUAUUAAUGUGACCAAGAUUGGGAAAAAGUGUGCUAAACGGCUUGAUAGUGUUUGGGGGGCUUGGUUUUUCUUUAAUUUUUACUUUAAACCGGCUUUGAACGACAAGUCGAAGAAUAAGGUGGCGAAUAGGGAGAAUGGGUAUGAUAAGUCGGAUUUGAAGUUAGAUGUUUUCUUAGUUCAGCAUGAUAUGGAGAAUAUGUAUAUGUGGACUUUUAAGGAAAGGCCUGAGAAUGCGUUGGGGAAGAUGCAGCUGAGGAGUUAUAUGAACGGGCAUUCUCGACAAGGUGAGAAACCGUUUCCGUUUAGUGUUGAUAAAGGGUUUGUCCGGUCUCACAGAAUGCAAAGGAAACACUACAGGGGACUUUCUAAUCCUCAAUGUGUUCAUGGGAUUGAAGUUGUUCGGGCUCCAAAUUUGAUGAAUUUAGAUGAGGAAGAACGGAGAAAAUGGAUGGAGCUUACAGGAAGGGAUUUGAACUUUUCAAUUCCUCUUGAUGCUAGCGAUUUUGGUUCCUGGAGGAAUCUUCCUAGUACAGAUUUUGAAAUUGAACGGCCUCCUGUUAUAAGGAACAAUUCUGCUCAUGGAAACCAUCAACAAAAAAGAUUGCUAAAUGGUUCAGGGUUGAAUCUUUCAACUCAAUUAUCAGAGCAUGUAAAUGGGGAAUCAAAUGGAAAUUUGAAUGGCACGGAACUAACUGUUGGGUGCAACAGUAAACGAAAGAAAAACUUUUUCCCACAUGGAACUGACGAUGAUAAUUCUGAUGGCGUUCUUGAUAUCCAUCAUGUGGAGCCACAUUGGUUGACCGAGUUUACUGGAGUUAUGAGAAAUGCAUAUGGGCCCGUGACGGGUGCCAAGACUAUAUAUGAAGAUGAAGAAGGAUUCCUCAUUGUGGUCAGCUUGCCUUGUGCUGAUCUUCAACGAGUCAAAGUUACAUGGAAGAACACUCUUUCAAAUGGGAUUGUCAAGGUCUUUUGUUAUAGCACAGGAUGUAUGCCGAUCUUAAAAAGAAAAGACAGGACUUUUAAGUUGACUGAUCCGACACCCGAACACUGCCCACCUGGAGAAUUCAUUCGGGAAAUAACUCUCCCUACGCGCAUUCCUGAAGAUGCUAAGUUAGAAGCUUAUGGGGACGAGAGUGGGACCAUGCUUGAGAUUAUAGUGCCUAAACAUCGUGAAGGACCUGAAGAACAUGAGGUGCAUGUUUGUCUUCGUCCCUAUGAACGGCCAUAUGUUGACUUGACAGAAACUUUAAUUUAAAAAUUUGUGAGUGGGGGUGAUUACAGAAAAAAUGCUGCAAGUUCCAUUGUUUUUGCUAACCUUACAAUAUAUUCCUUUUGUCCCAUCAAAGUUGCAGCAAUAAAAAAAAAAAAAAAGUUUCUAUUUACUGUAUGUAUGUUGAAUGGUACAGGUUGCCAUUUCCAUGAGACUAAGUAAUGGAAACUCUAAAGUGAAAGUGGCAUUUUAUAGAUAUCUUUUGGGAUUUUGUUUCCA